CUUUCUGCAUCGCAGCAAAGCCUCGGUCUCGAGGAUGGUAUCCGUCGGACAUUACUGGAGCUUGCCAUCUCUCACUCGGCUCUUUCCGUCAUCCAAUUCCCCGCAAUCUGAUUUGGUGAAGCCUAUCUGAAACCUUUACCUUACCUACCACCUUCUUUCUACCUUUACCUUACUCUCUUUCUUCGCAUCUACUGCGCGUACUUGUCAGGUCUCGUUCUCAUCUAGAUGCUGUGUGCAACAACCUCGACGAUUGCUCUCUCACAGUUCUCGAUUUUCUCAUUCCAUACUAAUAGCAGCGAGCUGUCUUGUCGUUUCGUGACCUCCAUGACCCCCAAGCAAGAUGCAGAUUGCUAGUUCGGACCCUCUCGACUGGACAGUCGAUGAGGUGGUCGGCUUUCUCUGCCACAACCCCGACCAACCCUGGUCGCAGUCGGCAACUCGUGGGCCUAGGCCUGAUCCUGCCUCCUUCGAAACUGCUCUACGCGACAAUUUCGUGACCGGUGAGGUGCUUUUGCACGAUGUAAAUAAAACCGAACUACGCGAGGACUUGGGUCUCAAGACCCUUGGCCACGUGAGUUCUAUGCUCCGAGCAAUACGCUUUUUGCAAGAUAACUCCCUCAAAUUCAAGGGCAACAGAGGAUAUCCCAAUUAUCUUGAAGACCAUCAGAAUAUCCCGUCCCCAACGCCGUUUUCUCCAAUGGGUGUGACUCCUCGCUUGACUUCGACUGUGCGUUCUGAGGCCAGCCAUACCCUUGGAAAUGCCACUCCACAUCGUGGGGACUCGCGCAAUCGCACUUGGGCAAUGGCAUCUUCCGCUAUCGCAACACCUCAUACCCAAAAAAUACCCUUGAAUACCUCGCCGACCGACAACCAAUUCGCUAUGCGGCCUGGACCCACGUCUGAUACCGUGCCGGAACCGCGCCAGACUACUGCCGUUGAGCAGGACAUGGACUUGGACCAAAGCGGAGAGGCCUCCAGUCUCAGCUUGCACGCUCGGCCACAAGAGCACGUCAUCAUCGAUAGCUCAGGAAAAAAGCGGCGAAGGCUUGACUUGAAAUCCACGGCUGAGGUUAAGAAUAACAAGGAGACUCCCGGAGUCGCAGAUGCCCAGAAAGGCAAAGUGUGGUACAUGGGACCAGAGCGCAUCACACAUGCUGACGUAUUCUACUCGCCUGAUUUGGAUGAAAUUGACAGUUCUUUCGUGAUUACAGGCCCGGAGUUACCACCUGCGCAGCGUCGUUUUGUGAACAAAAGCUUAAGCUAUUUCUAUAAACAACAACCAAUCAAGCUCCCCACUGAUAAAAGUGGCAAGGACUCCGCGCAAUGGGCUGUGAUACCUUACAGCAGCAAGAUGGUCCAUGCAAACAACCCAAAGCUUUUUACCUUGUAUACCUCUAAAGGUGGAGAUGUUGAAGUGAGCACGGAACAGUUGAGUAACUGGCCUCAGUUCAAUACCUUGCCGUCUAGGCUUCUGAAUGGGUCCACGGAGACUGUGAAAAGUCACGAUCCGUACGCAGAUCUCCUCCAGAGAUACCCACCUCAAGAUGAUGAUCAGGACAUUUACCCUGAGUAUGGUGACUCAGGGUCGGAAGGUGAAUUCGAUGAACAAACCUGGCAAGAAAUCCAAGACGAGCAGCGAGAAGCAGUACCACAUCGACUGACGCCGGCCGAGGUCAAAUGUAUCAUUGCGGAUUGCAUUUCUGACUAUAAAGCCAAGUGGUGUCAAGAUGGUCAGAAGAAAGAAGAAGCCAAGGCGCAGAGGCUCUGGCUUACAGCAAAAAGAAGCAAACGCACAAACCAGAUGAUCAAGGCUCUACAUCAGGAGAUCACCAAUUUGGAAAAGCGCUUGGGGAAGCUGCAGGAGCGAAUCUGUGAUAGCACUUUUUCAUCACGGGUCGAGCUACAAACCCUAUGCCAAAGCAUGGAACAAACAGUGAUGGACAUUGAAAAGAAUAAAUGGCGCAUCUCGACUCUUGAACGGGAAUCCCGUCCCCCCAAAGCGUUGACACCUCCUCGGCGCUCAUAUGCUCCCAAAGCGCGACGAAAUCUUGAGGAUGAGGAAUCGCUUCAUUCUGAGUCAGAUUACUGGCCAGACGACGAUCCGUACGAUUUCAUUGAUGAUACGUCUGUCGUGAACGAGGAGACUCUUCAUGGAGACGACGUUCCAAUGACGACGCCCUCAACGUCUGAUAGCGACGACGACAUCAUUAGCCCUUCAGGGAUUCGCCGGAACUCAAAGAAAUCUAGAAGGCUUCCUUUUCGAGAAUCUAGUUCUCCCUCGCCCAGCCCCAAACACGAUGCAAUGGCUUCGUACAUUGAUUUGACAGCGGACUCUCCUCCUUCCGAUGAACUUAAUAUUGAGACACCUCCCUUGAACCCCGUUCAAUCAGUGGUGGCACAAUCCCUUGAGGACCCUUUCGUUGAAAACAGAAUGAGCCCCUCGAUGUCCCCUGAGCCUCAACUCGGCCCAGCUCUGAGAGUUGAGAUACCUGUCAAGACAAACCCCCCGCCCAGAGACCUCAAGAAUCGAGCGUCACCGGCUUUGCCUUCGUUUGAUGAUAUAUCAGGGAUCCAGCUGUUGUCGUGGGACCUGCUUCAAGAACGUAAAGACCGGCGCAGACUACUAAUGAAAUUAUUGGCUGGUUUGACUGACGGGGAGAGAAAGAAACUGGCUUUGAAGGUCCCCCAAUACGGCAUGCAACCUUUGAGAGAGCACAUAACGGCCGCCCUGAAAAGGCUUCAGAAGGGCCAAAAGUUCAUGGAUAAUAUGGAAAAAUCCGAAAGCAAGAUCAUUAUGCGCAUUGCGUCGCUUUACAUAUCUUGGGUUAACUGUACCCAUCUUCAGAUGAAAGGAAUUCCAAAAAGUCUCGUACGAAUCGCGCAAGAAGAUCUUGAGGAUGGGUUUUCAGACUUUUUCGCGUUGCUUUGCGGACAUCUUGCUGUAUUUUAUCGCCAAGGGGAGAAUAUUCUCGGUCCUUUGAAGGAACCACCUUCAAACCAUUCGGAGACUCCACACAAGAAGAGAAAAAGAGAGAUCAAGGAAAGCCAGGCCGUCAAAAUGAACCAGCAAAGCGCCCAUGUGCGUGUUAGGCAAAAUGAGGAGCAAAGAAAGAGGGCCGAGCAGAAAAUGGAAAGCAUGGGCAUUGGCAAGAGCAACAACGACCCAACACACCAAGCCGUCAGUUUUAAAGAUCCAAUUAUCUACCUGGAUCCGUACAUUGGCAAGCGUGUCAUGCCUCACCAGCUGAGUGGUAUUCAGUUCAUGUGGCGAGAGCUCCUGGAGGAUGAGAAUGAGCAAGGCUGUCUCCUGGCACACACUAUGGGCCUGGGUAAAACAAUGCAGGUUGUGUCUCUUCUGGCCACCAUUUCCGCCACGGCCUCCUCGAAUGACCCUAACAUCAGUCAACAAGUUCCUUCUUGUUUCAAAGAGUCAAAAACUCUUGUUGUUUCCCCCGCCUCACUGGUGGAAAACUGGUAUGAGGAGUUCAUCAUGUGGAGCCCUCCAAAUUCCUCUAUCGGUCCCUUGAGAAAGAUCACAAGUUCGAGCCCACCUCAUGAGAGAUUGCAGACUUUGGCCGAGUGGGAUGCUGAGGGAGGAGUUCUUAUAUUGAGUUAUCACAUCUUCCGGGCUUGGAUAGUGAACAAAAAGACCGGCAGAGGGGACAAGCCUCCUCUAUCUGAUGAGCAUCACCAAAGGGUACAGACAAUGCUCUUGGAAGGCCCCGACAUUGUUGUUGCCGAUGAAGCUCAUAUGAUGAAAAACCGGACUUCUGCAGUCUCCCAAGCCACUAUGCAAUUCCGCACCAAAAGACGCAUCGCACUGACUGGCUCUCCUUUGGCCAACAAUUUGGUUGACUAUUAUAACAUGGUCAAUUGGAUCGCAGAGGGCUAUCUAGGCGGCUUCCUGGAGUUCAAGGCAAAUUUUGUGGAGCCAAUAGAAGAGGGCCUAUAUGCAGACAGCACUCGGUCAGAGCGGCGAAAGUCCCUCGUCAAGCUCAAGGCCCUCAACAACAAUCUUGAACCCAAACUCAAUCGCGCGGAUAUUACUGUCCUCGAGGGUAGUCUGCCACCGAAGACCGAAUUUGUCCUUACCAUUCCUUUGACCCCGCUUCAGAAGGCAGCAUAUGAUUUGUAUGUUGAGAACGCUGUUCAAGGAAAAGGCGACGAGCGCAUUAAUAGCACGAGGCUUUGGUCUUGGCUUGGGGUCUUGAGUCUGUGCUGCAACCACCCGGCAUGCUUUAGAGACAAGCUACUGAGUCGGGCCAGUGAUGCGCAAAAGCCAGACAAGAAAUCGGAUGAGGCUGAAGAGCUUCCGGAAGAGGAACAAAUCCCUGAAGCCCCCCUCCCUGACUCGGAUGUACUGAUAUCCCAAGAGGAGAGUCUUUUUUCGACUGUUUCUGACAUCAAAGCCCUGGAGUUAUCAUACCGGGCAGAGAUCUUGAACAGGAUUAUUACCGAGUCAAUAAAGGCUGGCGACAAGUUACUCAUUUUCUCCCACAGCCUACGAACGCUUGACUACAUCGAGCAUGUCAUGAAGAUGACCAGUCAAAAAUACCUCCGCCUAGAUGGACACACGCCUUCUCAUAGCCGCCAGGCCGCAACCAAACAAUUCAACCACGGUUCAGAAAAUGUCUACUUGAUCUCAACGCGCGCUGGAGGCUUAGGUCUCAAUAUUCCCGGCGCAAACCGCGUUGUGAUAUUUGAUUUCGGGUUUAGCCCGAUGUGGGAGCAGCAGGCAGUCGGUCGUGUCUAUCGGCUUGGCCAGAAGAAACCGGUCUUUGUUUACCGGUUCAUCGCCGGUGGCACUUUUGAGGAAAUGAUAUACAACAGGGCAACAUUCAAGACGCAGCUUGCGUUCCGAGUGGUUGACAAGAAAAACCCGAUUCGCGCAGCGACCAAGCCCUUGAAAAAUUAUCUUUUCCCAGCCAAGGCAGUUCCUCAGACUGACACCGAUGAGUUCCUCGGAAAAGACCCUCAGGUUCUGGACAAAAUCCUCAGCGAUAAAGACAACUAUCCGAUCCGCAAAAUCAGCCUCACAAAAACACUCGAGCGUGAUGACAAUGACAAAUUGUCCACAGAAGAGGAACUAAAUGUGCAACAAGAAACCAGUGACUUGAAUCUCCUACGUACCGAUCCCGCCGCAUACCAGAGGCUAUUGGGGGAAAGGCAAAGGCUACUACUGGCUGCAGCCAGACCAAAUGCACCUGGAACUUCUCAGCUUCCUGCUGUGAAUCCUUACGCAUCUAACAUCCCGCCCUCAACACAGUCCUGGGCACCGUCCGCGCCCGUUUCCCACAUGCAGUUCUCCAAUUUUGUUCCUUUUCAACCACAGCAGCAGCAGCAGCAGCAGCCAUACUUCCUGGCCCCUGCACCGGUGGUCCCUUCCAAUGCACACAAUGACGGCCCUCCUCCUUUGGCUCCGGAUAUGAUUUCAUAGAACAAAAGAAAUGAUAUUAUCCUUGCCCCUCAAUUUCGACUCUACUAAAUGGCCCGGAUCGUUAUUCAUAUUUUCUUCUGUUUACAUCGAGCGGGCUCGUUUCUCUUCUUUCAAAAUUCACUUUGGGUUGGGGGAAAGCACAACUUUCGAGCAUCCUCCCGUUUUCUUUCGCUUGGCUUUAUCGUUUCGGCGGGGUCUUCUUUUUGUCCUGUUUCUUUUAUCUCUAAUACCUAAGCAUUUCAAAUUGCGUGGUAAAUCUGC